UUUACAUCUUAGACUAUGGAAAGGAUUUACGUACAAUGAUUUUUCAUCCUAUUUACAACAAUGCUAAUAAUAAUAAUAAUGGAAUAGAGAAAACUUGCAAAAAGUGAAGCGAAAUAUAAAAAUUAUCCAAAAUGAAGAAAAAAUAACGUAAAAUGUAUAAAAUAGGCCGCAAAAUGUUUCGUGUUAAGUGUGUAAAUGUAGUACCCAAGCAAUGCAAGCACAGGUACAAUUAGUAAAACAGUCAUCCAAGAAUUAAUUGUUAAUCACAAGGGGUCCCUAGAUUGUUCCUAAUGCCUUGCAGUAGGUUACGGCACCGAGGUUUUAAGCAUUGUCAAGGACUUGGGCGUGGUCUACCCUGCAAGCGCUGUAUGCUUGGCAACAUGACAAUACCAGAACUUCUCAACCACUCAGACUGGUGUCGAGCAACGCAACCGUAUCACAAUAAUUGUAGAGCGCAAAGAUCAAAAAACUGUGAAAUAUACCGACGUGAAUGUAUUAGAUCAUUUAGUGACGAUGACCCUGAACGUUUUGAAACACCAAACGAUGCUCAUGACGAUGAUUAUGAAUGUGCCGAAGUUGAAAAUGUUUUUGUCCGAGAGUGCGCUUAUCCACCACCAUGUAAGUCACCAUCACCACCACCGUGUCAAACGCCACCACCACACGAGAGCCAGACGCCAUUGCCGACCGAGAAGCCGCCACCCUGCAAAACGUCACCCGUCGCGGACUCUACCUAUCCAAGCACUAUUAUCCAAUGCGAUGAUUCUUACAUAGAAAUUCCUUGUCCUAAUUUUAAUCCAGCAGAUCAGUACAAUUCUGACGGCGUGUGUAAGAAGCCUUCACUAUGCCCAGCCCCAUCACUUUGCAAAGCAUUAUCUUCAUCCCAAAUCCCGUUCCCGUGCGCGACUAUGUCAUCUUUGGAGUGUCAAUCUGUCGUCAUUUGCGAUCCAGAUGAAAAUAAAAUCGGUCGUCGUGUCUCAUUUGGCAGUGUCUCAGAGCUACAAAUUCCCCCUUGUCAGCAGGAACGUCGUCGUGUAGUUGAACCAGUCAGUAUAAUAGAAAUAUCACCAAAUGCCGUAGAGAGCACUGAAAUAUAUCCAAAACAAAGUUUUGCAACGCAGAAUGAUGUUAGUCCUAACUAUUCUGUAGAAUCGCAAAGUGAUCUUAGUGUCUGUAAAAAGGGGAGUACAGUUUCUAUGGAAAUGCAUGCGCUAACUUCUUCUGAAAGCAGUAUAACUUGUGGUGCUAAAGAUUGUCCAAAAAGUGCAACAGCAAAAAGCAAACACUGUACACAUAGCAAAGUUAAACAGGAAAAAGAAAAGAAAGCGAUAAAAAGUUGUGGUGCGAAAGACUGUCCUAAAAGUACAUCACCAAUCAACAGUUUCCCUUGUGUAUCGCCCUCGCCUUCAAAGACAAAAUUUGAAUGUCCGAAACACAAAAAAAAGGAAACAAACGAGAGUCCAUCGGAUCUCACCCAAUCCCCCCCGCUAACGACAUCAGCAUCAAAUGAAAUGAGAUCUCAAAGUCUUUCUUCAAACUCUGAUGUAACGUGUUCUCACAAAAAUGAAAAAGAAUCUCAAAGCAAAUGCAAUGUACAUAAGAAGUCUAAUAAAAGAAGUUGGUUCCGUAAAUGCAAAGCUAAAACACCACGAAAGAAACAACAAAAUCAAAAGGAAAAUAAAUCAACUCAUGGAGAACAUUGUCAGUGUCAUUUCAUUCCUGAAGAACAGGGCAUGCAACAUGUUGACUUUACCUUGAGCGAGCAAGAGAAACCUAGAGUAAUUGCUCCGAAUAGGCAACCCGUACACGGCGAAUCCGAAAUCAACGCUCAAGAUCCCGCAUGUUCAGAUAAACAAUUCGUGCAAGGUUAUAUUCCACAGGGACAAAAUAUGUACAGCCAAUUGCCACAGGCUGACCGAAUUCCACAUGGCCAAUUGUUCACGUAUGAACAACCACCUGGACGUACAUUGCUAGAUCUAUCUACUUCAAAAAUAGAAACCCCGCGCGGUCAAUUAGCUUCAAGUACGCAAAUUGGUCCAGAAGUAACGUCUCAAGCCGUACAAACACCCACGAGUCACUUUGGUCCGCGAGGACAGAUACCGCAAAGUCAGUUGGCUUCAGGAAUUCAAACACACCCAGGCAUGUUCUCUCAAAGUCCAGAGCUUCCCUUAAGUAGUUUUUUUGCUCCAAGAGAACAAAUGCCACAAAGCCAAUUUAUUUCGAAAAUGCAAACUCCGCCAAGUCUAUUCUCGCAAGCCGUCGAAACACCUCGACGUCAAUUUUAUUCACAAGAUCAAUCUCAAACACAACAAAAUCUGCAAGGUCAAUUACUUUCAGGAGGGCAAUUUCCGCAAAACCAAUUUACUUCGGGUGGACAAAUUCCACAAGGCCAAUUUGCUCCAAGUGGGCAAACUCCACAAGUCGAAUUUCCAGGCGGAUAUUAUCCGCGAAAUCAAUACACUCCAGAUGAACAAAAUCUGCUAGGCCAAUUUAAUCCGGGACAAAUUGCACGACGUCAAUUUGUUUCAGGAGAACAAUAUCCAAGAAGUCAAUUUGCACAAAUUCCACAUAGCGAAUUUGUUUCACAAGAACAUAUGCCACUAAGUAAUUUUAUGCCAGGCGGACAAAAUGGCCAGUUUACUUUAGGACAAAGACCACAAAGCGAAUUUGUUGCAGCGGGACAUAUUCCGCAAAGACAUGUCAUUCCAGGUGGUCGAAAUCUGCCAAACCGGUUUGUUUCUAAACAAAUUCCACAAAGUCAAUUUGCUUCUGCGGAGCAAUUUAAUCCAUUUGAACAAGUUCAACAAGGCGGAUUUGUUCCUGGAGUAAUCCAAAACCAAUACAUUCCAAAUGAUCAAACUCUGUCAAGUCAUUUUGUAUUAGACAGAAAAUUUGGCGAAGCUUUUACGAAAGAACAAAUUGUGCCCAGCCAAUUUACGGCAGGAGGACAAAAUACACAAUGUCACUGUCAACUUGGAGAAAUUUUGAAAAGCCAAUUUGGAGUAAUAGCUCCACAAAAUCAAUUUACUACUAGACCUUUUCAUUCUGGCGGCGGUUCUUCACAAUAUUCUCCAGACAAUUUCCCCCCAGGAAAACUUCUACCCAGGAAGCCCGUACAUCUACAAAAAGAAGCACAGUACUAUCCAGGAGAACCAGGGCAAUUUGCUCCAAACGGUUCAAUACCGCAGACUCAAUCAGUUUCAGGUCAAAUAUCUUCAGAGCAAAUGCCUUCAGGAGGUCAAAUGGUUUCAAGUGAAUUAGUUUCAGGACGAGCAAUUCCGACAAGGAUAUCGUUAUUGAGAGGUCAGGUUCCAUCUAACCAAUGUACCUCAACAGAAUUGCCUCAAGAUCAAAUUGGCCCACAAGGUUCAAACAGGCAAGAAGAAGCUUCCCAAGCGAGAGUACCGCUAGAUCAAUAUGUUCUAGGAAGCCUAGAUAAAGCUGACCAUAGUCUUCCAAGAGAUCAAAAUGAGUAUGGAAUGAUACAUAACCCUCAAGUAUCAGACCAAACUCCUCGGGCAGAAAUGCCCCACCAGUUUCAAGAACAAUUUCAGAAGCAUUCACGGGAACAGUCGGUUUCAGGAACUCAAAGGCCACACACGCAAGUGCCUUCAGGAGGUCAAAUGUUCCCAAGUCAAUUGGGUUCAGGCAGUGCAAAUCCGACAAGAACAUCUUUCCCGGGAGGUCAGGUUCCAUCUAAACAAUAUACCCCAUCAGAAUUGCCACAAGAUCAAAUUGGACCACAUGGUUCAAACAGGCAAGAAGAAGCUUCCCAGGCGAGAGUACCGCUAGAUCAAUAUGUUCUAGGAAGCCUAGAUAAAGCUGACCAUGGUGUUCCAAGAGAUCAAAAUUGGUAUGGAAUGAUACAUAACCCUCAAGUAUCAGGCCAAACUCCUCCGGCAGAAAUGCCCCAACAGUUUCAAGAACAAUUUCAGAAGCAUUCAAAGGAACAGUCGGUUUCAGGAACUCAAAGGCCAUACACGCAAUUGCCUUCAGGAGGUCAAAUGUUCCCAAACCAAUUGGAUUCAGGCAAUCCAAUUCCGACAAGAACAUCUUUUUCGGGAGGUCAGGUUCCAUCUAAACAGUAUAACCCAACAGAAUUGCCACAAGAUCAAAUUGGUCCACAAGGUUCAAACAGGCAAGAAGAAGCUUCCCAAGCGAGAGUACCACUAGAUCAAUAUGUUUUUGGAAGCCUAGAUAAAGUUGACCAUGGUGUUCCAAGAGAUCAAAAUGAGUAUGGAAUGAUACUUAAUCCUCACGUAUCAGGGCAAACUCCUCCGGCAGAAAUGCCCCAACAAUUUCAAGAACAAUUUCAGAAGCAUUCAAGGGAACAGUCCGUUUCAGGAGCUCAAAGACCACCCACGCAAGUGCCGUCAGGAGAUCAAAUGUUCCUACGCCAAUCGGCUUCAGGCAGUCCAAUUCCGACAAAAACAUCGUUUUCGGGAGGCCAAAUUCCUUUUAAUCAAUAUACACCAGCAGAAUUGCCACAAGAUCAAAUUAGCGCCGAAGUUUUAAACAGGCAACAGUUAAGUUCCCAAAUCGGAACACCACCAGAUCAAUUUGACCUAAAGAAUGUAGACAACGCUAACCAAGGUGCCCCAAGAGAUCAAAACUGGCAUGGAAUAAUAUGUCCACCUGUAAUAUGCGGUUCUAAAGGAAAAGUUACCACCAAUAUUUCACCUUGUAGUAGUUCAAAAACCUUAUGCAAUUGUAUCAAGAUUUCAUGCAAUUGUUUAACCCGGGAAUGCAGAGGCAAAUUCAAGUGUACUUGUUGUUAUAAUAAUAAUGAAGCUCCAAAAUAUUGUCAACAUGCGUGUGUUCAGUGUACUGAAGGACGUAGAAUUUCACCAACGAAAUCGUUUUCAGGAUAUCAAAACCCAUCCAACCCCAAUUCCUCAGCACGAACCCCAUCAGGUCUAUUUGGAUCAGAAGGUUCAGGCAGAAACGAUCAAGGUAUCGAGUCAGGAAAGCCGUCUGAUCAAAGUGGGCUAGAAUACCUCGACAAGAAAGAGACAUGCAGAAUAUUUAUACCUUGUAGAAAUGCUGACGGCAAUUUAUGCAAAUGUACAGAUAUAACAUGCAGCUGUCCAAUUUCGGAUAAAAGCGAUAAAAAUACUAGUAAACAAACAUGGUGUCUUCAAAAUGUUAUUAUAAACACCAGCUUACACAAAUUUCAGCAUCCAAAUACUGCACCAGUAGCAAAUACACCUGAAGUGAAUAAUAAUCUAAGUGUUAUCCCAAAGAGAAACGCGUAUUGCGAAUGCCAUUAUCCCCCAAUGUUCCGUCAUUUUCAAUGCACCGGUAAUUCAUGUGGAAUUUGCAAGUGUCGCGAGGCACAGCAUGAAUAAAAUCCAUGAGAUUCAUUUUUUGUUUUUAAUAUAUCCCUUAAAACACUUAAAAGUGACUGUUGAGACCUUGGUGGCAUUAGGUAGGGCGAUUUUUG